AUGGCAACGGCGAUCCCAAGAAUUACCAGUCAGUUCAACUCUCUGGCGGAUAUUGGGUGGUAUGGGAGCUCCUAUCAACUGACAUCCUGCUCUCUGACUCUCAUCUUCGGGAAACUCUUCACCUUCUAUUCCACCAAAUGGGUCUAUCUGGUUGUACUCGCCAUAUUUGAGGCUGGCUCCUUGAUUUGUGGCGUCGCCCCCAACUCGACGACUUUGAUCAUAGGCAGGGCAGUCGCGGGUAUAGGCUCAUCCGGUGUUUAUGCAGGCUGCUUCCUCAUUAUCGCGCAGACGAUACCGCUGAAACGACGACCACUGGUCACUAGUAUCAUAGGCAGUCUAUAUGGAGUUGCUAGUAUGGCUGGCCCUCUAAUCGGUGGCGCACUCACGGAUCGCGCGAGCUGGAGAUGGUGCUUUUAUAUCAACCUGCCCGCCGGCGCAGUGACGGCCGCCUUCAUCGUCAUUCUGUAUAAGGCACCAACGCAGCAGAAACGAAUCAGCAGAAGAGCCAUGGUAAAAAAGCUCGAUUUGCCUGGUACCGCAUCCUUUUUGCCCGCCAUUAUAUGUCUUCUUCUAGCGCUUCAAUGGGGCGGGUCUAAAUACGCCUGGGGAAGCGUCCGCAUCAUCGGGCUCUUUGUUGCCUUUGCUGCCCUUAUCCUCAUCUUUGUUGCUGUGCAGUGGCGCCUGCAGGCUAGAGCAACCAUACCGCCUGCUUUGUUUCUGAACCGGAAUGUCUGGAGCCCGGCGCUCUACGCCUUCUGUGUCAGUUCCUCGUUCAUGGUCUUCACAUACUACCUCCCUAUCUGGUUCCAGUCCAUCAAAGAUGCAUCCGCGACCAAGUCCGGUCUCAUGAAUUUGCCCAUGCUGAUCGGGACGACCGUCAGUUCCAUCCUCACCGGCGCGCUCGUAAGCAAAUCCGGAUACUACGCACCAUUCAUGCUGCUGGCUCCGGUAGUUGCCGCGAUCGGUAGCGGCCUACUUACAACGCUCCAGGUUAACUCUGGCCAUUCGGAGUGGAUUGGGUACCAAGCAAUUUACGGGAUCGGAGCGGGCAUGGGGAUCCAACUGCCCAUAACAGCCGUCCAGGCGACGGUGGCGCCACUCGACCUGCCUAGUGCCACUGUGAUUGUAUUGUUCUUCCAAAUGAUUGGAGGCGCAAUCUUUGUUUCGGUCGCGCAGACAGUCUUCCAUAACCGACUGCUGCACAACUGUGCCGUCGGAGUGCCGAGUGUUGAUGCGGGCGAGGUCGCAAGCGCGGGUCCAACAGCUCUGCGAGAGAUAUUCGCGCCAGAGUUGAUUACAACUAUUCUGAGAGCGUACAAUGCUGCCAUUACCCAGUCAUUCUAUAUUGGUGUCGCCAUGAUUGCUCUUGCGCUCGUGGGGGCAUUGCCGGUACGCUGGAUCUCGGUGCGCAAGAGACAACUACCUGCAUGA